UUGCUUGCUUUGUACUUGCCUAAUGCAGCUUGCGUUUGCGAACCGAUGCAAAUUCAAUCAUUAUUUUGUUUCGGUUUAUUUACUAUAAAUUAAAAAAAAACGUACAAUUAACAUGAAAAUGUAGUGUGUAUCAGUUAAUAUUAAAAAAGGUACCAUAAAUGUUUGAGCUACCCACAUGGUGUAUUUGAAUUGAUUAAAUACCACGCACGCAGAACUGCACGAUGGCGACCAGAAGAGCAAGAAUAAAAGCUGUUACAUCAUUGCCUCCACGAAGGAAAAACACAGACUCAGACAAAAAAUCAACUGCUACCAAGGAAGAUGUCGAAAAAUCUCUGAAAAGUCCUAAAACUCCUAGAUCUCUUCUUAAGGCCGACAGUUCUGAAAAUCCCACUAGUUUAUCCAGGCCGCCACCUGGUCUUUUACAUUUACGGUCAGACUCGCCCAAAACUCCUAAAGUGCCUACUUUUCAAGAUAAAAUACCAACACCCAAAGAAAAUCUGCCAGGAACACCGAAAAUUUCUGAAAAGGUUGCAGUUAUCACAUCAGCUAGUAAAUCCUGUGUUUUUGCUUCUCCUAAACUAAGGACUGACAGUCCAGACAGGCGCAAAAUUGUGUCACCUCUUAUAACUUCUGGAUUAAGUAAAAAUGCUCUCAAGUCUACCCCACCACAUACAAAAUUUGUUGAUACGAUUGUUGAAGCCUUUACAGGCAAUAAUACUGUAAAUACUCAAGCUAAUAACAGUAAUAAUAUAGAUGAAUACAAUGUGCCAAUUGAACCUGAAAGCAUCACCGAAGAGGCCAUGGAUGGCAUUGUUCCUCUCCAACCAACCAGCUCAGCCCCCAAACCUAUUGACCAACUGAAAAAUGAGAUCAUAUCGGAAAAUGCUGAGGUUCUCUUUGAUCCCAUUGUUCCACUACCUUCGCCAAAUAAAGUACGUCCGAAACUUAGACCUGCACCAAGAUUGGGUCCCUUUCGGAGGAACAGUAUACAGGGCAGUGCAAGUGAGUCAGAGGAUGAAAGUCGUCGGGCGCUCCUCAGCACAGGUGCGGCGACGCCGGCGCCACCGCGGCAGAGGCAUGACUCACACACAUCUCUCAGCACGCUACUCUCCGCACCAGCCAAAGAAAUUAACCGCACACGCAAUGACUCUAUUUGCUCGAGUGUCAGUCAGCUAACCACACAGCCGCCGCCCACUUCACCAGUCAAAGAGAAUCUCCUUGUAGCCAGAUCACGGCGUCAGGACAUGAGCCGCCGGAUGUCGGCGAUGCGGCGGCGAUACGAGAACGUACAAAGAGACAAACUGACCAUGUACGACCUCAUAUUCUACAAUCCCACCACCAAUCCUAUUGUUCAAACAGAAGACGAAAUCAUAGCAAAUGAGGCCAAUGAAAAAGAGGCGGAGAGGCAAGCUAAGGAGAGUGAAGAGAAAGUGGACGACCCUCCCGAAAUUGAAGCUACAGCCGCGCCCGUGCCGCAAAUCAAACUUGGCCCUAAUGGAGAGAUUGUCAUCGACGAACAGAGCUUGGUAAUAAAACAAACGGAGAGCAAGCGCAAACUUUCUUCAGUGGUCCAUGAAGGUUCUUGGAGCGGUUCAGGCGGGCGAUACACCCGCACGCCGCGCACUGGCGAUUGGAACGAAGCGGAAACUGUCCGCUUUUAUAGAGCGCUCGCCGCAAUCGGGACUGAUUUCAGCCUGAUGGCGCCACUGUUCCCCGAUCGGAAACGAAGAGAUUUGUAUUUGAAAUUCAAAAAGGAAGAGAAAAUAAACUGCGCUCUAGUGGACAAAGCCCUCCGUUCCGUCACUCGAUGGGACGUGACGAGACUAAUGGAGGAAUUCACCAAAGAAAGGGCGGAAGCAGCCGCCGCGGCCGCCCGCGACGCCGCGCGGCUGCGCGAGCGCCGGCGCGCCGAGCGCCAGCGCGCCGCGCACGCCGCCCAGUGGCUGCCGCGCCAGAGUCGAAGCAUGAAAGUGCUGGAAUCUUCGGCGAUCCCCACAGAAGAGAACACAAAUAUUGUCGACGAACUAGUGGAACGCGCCUUGGCGGCUAGGAAGCAAGGCAAAAGACGAAAUAAGGAUGCUGCUACUAACGAUACAAACACACAGAAAUCUCCAGAAACAAUAACAGUACCAUCCACACCCAAAGCGAGUACGGCAACACCCAAAUCAAGUACGGCAACACCCAAAUCGAGUAUGGCAACACUGACACUGUUGAACAGCGCCAAACAUCCACAGAGCAGGCAAGGCGCAGACGUGGCCAUCUCCAGAAUAGACCCGCAAGUGGGCAACAGCACUUCUAUCCCCGCCAACAUCGAAGCCGGCUCCUUAGUGGUACUCCAAGUGAACGACCCGAGUUCUCCGUCAAAGAAGAUGUUACAAACAUACAUCUCCAGAGGUCCGGGGCAACUAUCUCCUGUGGCGUUACCACCUGUAUUUUUGAACUCUGUGAUUGGCUACAUGAAAAAGACCAAUUCCAAAAGUGGGGAGGCGUCAUCGCCUCUUCUGACGUCAUCGACUAGUGUGGGAAGCCAAGAUAGCAGGACUAAUAUGCAAAGUGUUAUACAAAUUAAUCCGUGCCCGAGGAAAAGGCAGAGGAAUAACUCUUUCAAUAUCACGUCCCUUUAGUGUGAUUGAUAUUGUCGUUUGAUAUAGGUAUAUGUUUAAGACGAUAAGGUUAAGAUUACAUUGUAUUGGUAUAGUUUCGAUAACACAAUAAUAUUGAGGUUCUUUUUAAAAAAAAAUGCAGUUGUAAUGACGUCAUAAAGUCGCUUAUAUGGCUCGGCGCAAAAGAAAAUACGAUCUAUGAGUUUUAAUAGUAGUCAUUGGGUUCCACAAAUAUUUAUUAAAAGUUUUUAGUUUUUUUUUAUUAAAACUGCGCUCAAAGACUGAAUGAACUAACAAACUAACUAAGUAAUUAGCAUCCCCCUUCAAUAAAUACAACCUUAGUAUGUGUUGUAGUUAUAUAUUUUUUUUAAUUAUGCCUGAAAGUGUAAAUAUAUCUAUUAUUUGUUGAAAAAAAUCAACAUCCUAAAAAAGCUAUAGAGUUACAUAUUUUUAUUUAUUGUAAUGGUUUACUGAUACUGUUAGUUGCAAUACAACAUAUUAAUGCAACGUAAAACAAUAUUUUUAUAAUAUUUUAUGAAAAAUUAUUUUACGAUGUAAUUUGAACCCUCAAUAUCCUUUUUUUUAGCACAUUAUAUUAUUUUAUCUAUCGACACAUAUUUGAAGCUCUUAAUAAUUUAGAGAUGUUCCGAUCUACUGUAAAAAGGCCGUAUCUCCGUGAUAUUUGCAAUUUAUUCCAGUAAAUAUUUACUUUUUAACAAAAAGAUAAAAGCAACGGUACAUAUUUACUAUAAGCACUAAGUCUAUCUGUAUCUUAUUAAAGAGAUCGGCUACAAAUAUCAAUUGAUAAAGUCAUAUAUACUCCUUUUUCCCGAAAGGGUAGGCAGAGACUACAUCUUUCCACUUGUCACGAUCUCUGCAUACUUCCUUCGCUUCAUCCACAUUUAUAAUUCUCUUCAUGCAAGUUCGGCGGUUGCGGGUACUCUUGACCUGACACUUUGCCAGGACGUCCUAAAUUUGAUCA